AUGGGCGUAGAGUCGCCCACGACAGCUCGCGAACUCGAUUUUGACGACGACCAGACUGAUGCCGCAGGCGCCUCCUUGAAGUCGCCCCCGCCCAAGAAAGUCAGCUUCCAAGAGGACGAGGGUCCCACGCCCCCGCCCAAGCCUCCGCGACCAAUGAGUCCCCAAGCGCAAGCCGAGGUCACCCUCAUCGAGGCCUUCCCGGACAUAGACCCCAAGGUCGUCAAGGCCGUCUUGGUCGCCAGCAACGGCAAGGUCGAGCCCGCUUUCAACGCUCUGCUGAGCAUGUCCGACCCGAACUUUAGAGCAGAGGAAACCCCGCCCCCGCAACCUCCUCGCCCGACCGCGGCGCAGAGCCAGUUGGAAUCCGACGAGCAGUACGCGCGUCAGCUCGCCGCACACUACAAUAACGCUGGUAUCCCUCGCGCACCGGGUGACCCGUCGAGGCAGCGCCAGCCGAGGGAUCCGAGGGAUCCGAGGGGAGAUGAGGACGACAAGGAAUACAGCUUCUUUGACGAUGAUCUCCCAGUCAUCCGCGAGAACGUGCGCAAGGGAUUCCUCGAGACGCAGACGAAGGUCAACAAAUGGAUAACCGACUUCAAGAAGAAGCUUGAUGGCGAGGAGGAGGACGAGGACUACCGCCCGGGUUCCUCCACCCAGCGCCAGAACUUUGGCCCCUCCCAAUCGGACCAGCUCUAUGGCAUUCGCAAGAGCGCCGAGAGCAAUCGCAGGAGCGCAGACCGUGAGCGUUAUGAUGCGGACCCGCGCGUCUUGAGCGACGACUUUAGCGCGCUCGAGCUUAGGGACAACGAGGGUAAACCGCCUCCCCCGCAGCCUCGCCGCCCUCAAGCCAACCCGGACCUCUUCAAGCCCACGGCGGAGCCGCCGCAAUCCGGCCCAGUCGAUGAAGUCGAUGCCCUGUACCGCCAGCAGCCGCCUAACCGGCAGCCGUCGCCCGGUGCGAACAAGACGAAGAAGUGGCAGCCGCUGACGUCGAUCGCGCCGAACCCGGAGGCGGACGACCAUGACCCGUUCAGUCUUGGCGACAGCGACGACGAGCAGGAUCCCAAGACCAAGGAUGUCAAGGCGGAGGACACGGAGCGGCUGAAGCGCGCAGCGUCGGUGUCGUCGGAGAGCAACAAGGACAAGGACGGCAACAAGGAGGGGGCGAGCAACACGGUCAGGCCGGCGGAACGGAGCGGCAGCGUGGGUCAAAAGGACAAGGAUGCCGAGGAGUUGCUGAGCGGGAAGAAAGAAACGAGCUCAUAA